ACUCCUGAGCUCCUCCGCCGGCGGCGGGCCAGGGUGAAGGUAUGGCCGGCCAGGUAGUGCGGCUGGUGCUGCUGGCCGGGGCGGCUGUACUGGCAAGCGGCUCCCAGGGCGACCGUGAACCAGUGUACCGUGAAUGUGUACUACGGUGCGAGGAACGGAACUGCUCGGGGGGCGCGCUGAAGCACUUCCGUUCCAGCCAGCCAAUCUACAUGAGUCUGACAGGUUGGACCUGUCCGGAUGACUGUAAAUACGAGUGUAUGUGGCUUACUGUUGGCCUCUACCUCCAGGAAGGCCACAAAGUGCCUCAGUUCCAUGGCAAGUGGCCCUUUUCCCGGUUCCUGUUCUUCCAAGAGCCAGCUUCUGCCAUGGCCUCCUUCCUCAAUGGCAUGGCCAGCCUGAUGAUGCUCUGCCGCUACCGCACCUCAGUGCCAGCCUCCUCCCCCAUGUACCACACCUGCGUGGCCUUCGCCUGGAAAAUGGACUACUUCUGUGCCUCCACCGUCAUCCUCCACUCAAUCUACCUGUGCUGUGUCAGGACUGUGGGGCUGCAGCACCCAGCUAUGGUCGGCGCUUUCCGGACCCUCUUGCUGCUGCUGCUGACCGCACACAUCUCCUACUUGAGCCUCAUCCACUUUGACUACGGCUACAACCUGGUGGCUAAUGUGGCUAUUGGCCUGGUGAACAUGCUGUGGUGGCUGGCCUGGUGCCUGUGGAACUGCCGACAACUGCCUCAUGUGCACAAGUGCAUGGUGGUGGUGCUGCUGCUACAGGCGCUGGCCCUGCUCGAGCUCCUGGACUUCCCGCCUCUCUUCUGGGUCCUGGAUGCCCACGCCAUCUGGCACAUCAGUACCAUCCCUGUCCACGUGCUGUUUUUCAGCUUCCUAGAGGACGACAGCCUAUACCUGCUAAAGGAAUCAGAGGCCAAGUUCAAGCUGGACUGAAGAUCCUGGGAGCAGGUCUACCCC